AUUGAUACCAAAGAUGGUGGUGCAGAUUUAUUCAGCUUUCAAAAUAUCCCACAUGACAGUUCCACGGCAGAAAAAGGAGAAACGCACCAGUUCACAAACUUUCCACAUUCCGCAGCAGACUCUGAUGAUGAAAGCAGUGACCAAGCCAAGCUUUUGGAUGAAGAGAAGAGAGCUGCUUCGUUUUGGACAUUCGCUUACUAUCAGCAGUUCUUUGAUGUUGAAACAAAGCAAGUUGGCCAGAGAAUAAUUGGAUCCAUGCUGCCAAAACCUGGCAGAAACUAUCUCGUCAGACAGAUACGCCCAAACCCAGAUUUGUAUGGGCCAUUUUGGAUUUGUACAACUUUGGUUUUCACUACGGCAAUUGCUGGAAAUUUGGCCAACUACUUCAGCUUAGCUGGGAAAAAUUACAACUGGAAAUAUGACUUUCAUAAAGUGACCUUUGCAGCUACAGCCAUCUUUGGCUACUGGUGGCUGAUUCCACUGAUAUUGUCUGGAAUUUUAUGGUGGCGAGGAAGCCAGGCCAAGUUUACAUUCCUGGAGAUCAUCUGUGUGUACGGAUAUUCCCUGGCAAUCUAUGUUCCAAUCUCUGUACUUUGGGCCAUCCAGGUGUCCUGGUUGCAGUGGACACUUGUAGUUGUGGGUGCAGUAUUAUCAGGGAGUGUCCUCCUUCUAACCUUCUGGCCAACAGUUAGUGAGGACAGUAAGAAGAUAGCCUUUGGUGUGAUGUUCUUCAUCUUCGUUAUGCAUACAGCAUUGGCUGCAGGUUUUGUGCUGUAUUUCUUUCACGUGCCUGCAGCUAGCACAGCCACACCGAUUAUUCCUUUCAUCAACACAACAGCCAUCAGCGCCACAACAUUGAACAAGCAAUCAAUCACGAAGCUUGAUUCAGGUCCAGCAAAGUUCACCAACCUGGCUCUACAAGACACACAGAAACUUAAAUAUAACCUUUCUCUUCCAGGGUUAGAUUCACUUAAAGAAGCAAAGACAUUAGAUAAAGGUAAAGGAGAGCAGACAGUAAAUUUACAGCAGACAGCAGAGAAAGGAAAGCAGACAGAAACAAAGGAGAGCUUAGUUACAGGAAGUAAAACAUUCAAGAACGCAGCCACUUAG